AUUCUUGUUUUGUGGAAAGUUGACAAUUAUAGCUCUUUCUUAUACACACAUGAAAUUUCAAGAAAAAAAAUGUAAAAAUGUUGGAAAAUUUCCAGCAUUCAUAUGCAGUAUGGUUGAAAAUUCUUUUGAAGUGCAGAGAAGAUGCGCCUUCCUUUUUCUCAUUCAACCUCUCUCUCUACAUCCAAUUUUUUCUCUCUCUAUAUCCAUGGUAAAGUUCAUCACUCCAAACACAACAAAUUUACAGAACCAGGAUUUUUGUAAAGGUGGUAGAGAUUAUAAUGAUGAUGAUGCAUGAGUUAAGGAUUUUUCAUAUAAUCUCUUAAAAUUUCUAAAUAUUUACCACCUUCCCCUUUCUCUUCAUGAUUUCAAUCCCCUCUUAGUUUUUUCAAUCGUUCUUCUCCGCCGUCUCCUCCUCCGCCGCCGCCGCUGCCGCCUUCUCCUCAGAUGUGAGGUAAUCCAGGAAAAAGAACCAAACAAUACCACUGAUAACAGGAUUGAAGCUAACUAUGGUGAGCUUAAGAAGGCGAAAACUGCUGGGACUUUGCACCGGCAAAGGCUCAUUUGUUGCUCCAGUUUUGAAGUUUUCUGAAAAUUUGACUGCUGAAGAUCAUGUGCACUGUACAAACUUCGUUAGUGUUUAUCCCAUCUGUUCAGAUCAAGUUAACAAGAUAAAGGAGAAUCCAAUUGCAAAUAUAGAGCCUGAAUCAUCAGGGGUAUCUGUUUUGGAUACAUCCAGAGAGCAAAAUGAUACGACAAAUGACGAGCCAAUAGCAGCAGACCCGCCCAUAAAGCGCAGAAAGAGACACCGGAGAAAGCAUUUUCCCGACGAAUCUUUCUUAAUGAGAGGUGUUUAUUUCAAGAACAUGAAAUGGCAGGCUGCUAUAAAGGUUGACAAAAAACAAAUACACUUGGGAACCGUAGGAUCACAAGAGGAAGCCGCUCAUUUGUAUGACAGAGCUGCUUUCAUGUGUGGAAGGGAACCCAACUUUGAGCUCCCAGAAGAGGAGAAGAAAGAACUGAGAAAGUUUAAUUGGGACGAAUUUCUAGCAAUGACUCGCCAUGCGAUUACUAAUAGAAGUAGAACAGAAGAGACUCAGUCCAGAAUCAAAUAAGUCUAAACUUUCUUCGCCUGGGAAUGACGAUGACGACUCUAACAAAAGACAUGAUGAGUUCAUCGACCCGUCAGCUCUAGAAGACAUGGAACCUGUUGCCUCUACAUCUUGAAAUUCAAGAAGAAAAAGUUUAGCUUUCCCAUCUCUAACAUCUCAGUUUAAGUAUGGAGACCUGCAGCCCUGAUUUUGAUUUGCCCUGAUUUUUUUUUCUCUCUUUUUUCUUUUUUUUUUUGUCCAAAAGCCUGUGGUUGGGCAAAUCAACCUCCUAGAAAUUUUGAAUGUACAUCAUUUUAGUAGUUUAGCCAAAUCCUUCAGGCUUUGAGCUGAUCAGAGGAGCAAUUUAUGGUGAUAGUCACAAUACGAGGGGGCCCUUUUUGAAUCUACUCUAUCAUACUUCAAGUCUCAAGAUGCCUCUUAUGAUGAGUUCAGGCAAUUUUCGAGCUCAGAAUCCAUAGCUUUAGCCUUUGCCUAUCCCUUGUUCCCAUGGAGGAAGAAGAUACGACUUUUAGCCAUCUUAUGUUCAUAGUUAAUGCCUUUAUUAUUGGUCCAUUGUUAUUAUUUGAAGGUCUCUUUGUAUACCACAGUAUUUUGACAUUUUACUUUUUGAUCAUUUUCUUUUAGGGA